AUGAGUGAGAUUGAGAAGUUUGACUUCAGCUUUCAUGCACAGGAUGAUCCCGAUUCGUGCAAAUUGAAUACUGCGAAAUGGAAAGCAAUUCUUGCCAACCACCCGAAAAUCGAGUUUGUAUGGCUGCAAUUCAUUCUAUUUGAAGGAACUACUCGAUUGAGGAUGAUACCCGUCUCAUACUUCACAAAGAUGAUCGAGAAGAACCGAAAUAUCAGCAUCUCAUCAGCAUACCUUCAUGCUCUUCGCAAUGAUGACAUUGCGGACGCUGCGGCGUCCACCGGCGCGAUGUAUCUGGCACCCGAUAUAUCCACUGCUUCCAUUACUUCUCAUGAGAAUUCGCGGGUUCGCAUCCUUGCAAAUCUGGUGAACCAAGAUAAAAGUCCGCGAGCCGAAUGUAUUCGCUCCAAGUUGUCCUGCCUGUCGGACAUCCUGUCCCACCUCCACGGCUUUUAUCUUCUCAUUGGAUAUGAAAUCGAGGUCGUCUUCUUUCGAAGAGAGGACAAGGAUGGCGCCGAACCUUUUGUAAACCACAAAUGUUCUGCAAUGACAUUCGAAAUGCGGUCAUUGUUGCCUAUGAUAGAAUCCAUCGUGAGGAAUUUUCAGGAAGAGCAAGUUCUGCUCGAACAGUACCACUCAGAGCUUUCUCCUGGGCAAUGGGAGUUCGUCCUCCAGCCCCAACAGCCCUUAAAAGCUGUUGAUACUCUUGUUCGCGCUCGGGAUAUCAUCUCUAGGAUGGCAGAAGAGUUUGGAUAUCGCGCAACAUUACACCCUCGACCAUUCCCUGAAAAUAUUGGCACGGGGGCCCAUAUACAUCUUUCGGUCAACUCUAUUGGCUCGUCGUCGCCCCCGGAGGCACAAUACUCGGACCCAUUUUUUGCGGGUAUCAUCAAUCAUCUUCCAUCUCUAAUGGCAUUUUGCCUUCCGCUCAACGUGUCUUACGGGAGGCUGGCGACCGGACUUUGGAGUGGGGGGAAUUUGUGA